AUGCACAGCACGGCUAAGACACCUCACGUCCUCAUUCUGGGCGCAGGCUUGGGAGGCCUGACAUUCGCCCAGUCCCUACGCAAGAAAGGCCUCUCCUAUCAAGUCUUUGAGCGAGACAGCGAUCCCCAUGUCCGCCCCCAGGGCUGGGCCAUUGCCCUCCACACCAUGUUGGACGACUUCCACGCCUCCAUGCCCGACGACAUGACGGGCUUCGAGAAAGUCAACCACCUCCACCCGCUCACCCUGCCCGCCGAGAUCGCCAUGCACCGGGAGGGCGACGACCGCAAGUGGGGUGGCCGCGACGACGGCACGGGCAUAUUCGUCCGCGCCAAGCGCGACAUCCUGCGCGACUGGCUGAGCAGCCACAUUGACGUGCAGUACGGCAAGAAGGCCGCGCGGAUCGAGGAGGGGGACGACGGCGUGACGGUGCACUUUGAGGACGGGACGUCCGCUGCCGGUGAUGUCGUCGUCGGGGCCGAUGGCGUGCACAGUAUAACACGGCGCCACAUCUUUGGCGGCAAGCAAAACGACCCGAUGCGCGUGCACAAGUCGGCCACCAUCAGCGGCGUGACCAAGCUCUCCGGCGCGGACUUUGCCGAGCAGCUCUCUCUCGGCCACUCGUCGUACAUUGUUUUCUUCCGCAGGGGCCAGCAGCAGUAUAUGCUGUUCAUCGGGCUGGACAGCGUCUCUGACGACGGCAAGACGGGCAGCUACUACUGGGACCUCAUCUGGCCGUGCGAGAACGGCGACCGGGACGACCACUGGGCUUUCAACAGCAGCCAAAAGGAGCUGCUAGCGCACACCAACGAGGUCAUCAGGGGCCUGAAGCCCGAGUUCCGCAAGGUCGUGGAGAUGACGCCCGAGCAUAAGCUGCUGGUGCCCGGCUUGCACUUCCACGUGCUCCUGAUUGAUGAGUUGCCCGUGGGGCGGGUGACCUUGCUUGGCGAUGCGGCGCAUGCCAUGCCGCCUUUCCGUGGCGAAGGAGGCUGCCAGGCCAUUGAAGAUGCCCUGAAGCUUGCGCGGGCCGUUGAGAAAAUGGACAAGAACGACAUUGGCUCCAUCAAGUCCACCAUGGACUCGUACCAGCGCGAAAUGCUCGCAAGGGGAGGCAAGGCUGCCAGGUUGUCUGCCGAGGUGCUUUCGAAGGACAGUGAUUCCUCUGAGCGGGUUGUCGGCGGCAGGCCUAUCGAGCUUUUAUCUCGGGAAGAGAUUGUUAUUUAGGUGGCAUCUGCCUUAAGGCCUUGUAGGGUUCACAUGGCAUGUCUUCGGGGAUGCUAAUGCUGUCCAUGCUCGACUGGCUUGCGUCGCGGAGUUCAAUGACGGGAGAGGCAGGGGGGUCAGAGUCGGGAAGAAGGGCCGGGUUAGAAUUGUACUGAGCUCCUGACGUUCCACCACGAAAGAGGUAAAAUAUCCCGUGGACUUGACCUGAGGAGGGAGCAAUAUUCAUCCGCGUCUCCGGCAGAGCCAACUUGGAAAUAACCACGGAAAUGAUCAUUUUUAUACUUCCAAAUCUAGUGUCCAU